AUGUUUGAAGCGGCAGAGAUGCACAGAAAGACCCGGGGCGACGAAGAAGGCGGGGAGACGUUGAACACGGGGAAGUUUGGGAAGGUCAACGAGGUCGAGCGGACACCAGGCUCUCUUCGCUCUUCACGCUCUCACCGCGACACCCCGCCUGCACCCGCCCACUCGCACUUCGUCCCCGACCGACCCCCUCCCCCUCCGUCGCCGUUCGCCAUGAUCAACGCAUUCCACUGGCUCGGGACUUUCCUCUUCCUCAGCGCGAUGGCGCUGCUCAUCGUCGCAUCCGUCAGUAGCCCCAUCUGGGACAACGUCGGAUUCUUGCACGGCUCCUUGAACGGCCAGCGAUUCACCUUCGGAAACUGGGGCUACUGCAUUGCCGGACGAUGCUCCAAGACGAUGCUCGGAUACGACCGCGGCAUGCUCAACAGCGCCGCCGGUACCAACCUCGCGGGCAACGCCAUCGUCUCGAAGCUCUCCAAGACGCUCAUCCUCACCCCGAUCUGCGCCGGCCUCGCCUUCAUCGCCCUCCUCUUCUCUCUCUCGACCCACCUCGUCAUGGGCAUCCUCGCGUCCCUCUGGGGCCUCCUCGCCCUCGUCGCGACCUGCGUCGCCCUCGGACUCGAGCUGGGCCUCUUCAUCACCGCCAAGAGGCGCAUCAACCGCAUCCCCAACUCGCACGCCUCGCUCGCGUCGUGCAUCUGGCUCGUCGUUGCCGCCGCCGGAUGCCUCCUCAUCGGCUCCUUCCUCGUCUGCUUCACCCGUCACCGCCGCUCCCGCCGUGACCGCGACGUCGACUACGCCGCGUCGUACCCUGCCAUGCGCUCGACCGCCGAGGAGCCUGUCGCUGCCCCCGUCGCCUCGGAGACGUACUCGACCGGCGCGCGCACCAGCACCGUCGGCUCGACUGGCCCGCUCAUGGCCGACACGACGCACCACCACCACCACACCGGUGUCGCCGACUCGACCGACUACAACAACAUGGGCGCGGGAUACAACUCGAACCACACCGCCGGCGCGGGAUACAACACGGGCGCAGGCUACGACAACGGCGCAAACUAUGCGAGCGAAGGCACCCAGCCUCUUGGCCCGACCACCGAGUCCGGCGUCAAGGGCCACUGGUGGCAGCGCAGCCGCUACUAA